AUGAGGUCCAGCAGUCUCAAGACUUCCUCUGUCGGUGCUGGUAGCAGCAGUGAAGCUUCAACUCACCUCAAUAUUCCUACGCCAGCAGGCAACAGAGCUUUUAGUAAAGGAAGCAUUGUGAAGCUCAGCAACCACAUUUUGCUUUUAACUUACCAGAAUGAGGUGCUUAAACACAUGUUAGAAGAAACCAGAUUGUCCAGCAGCCCUGAGAGUCCAGGAUUUCUGAACAUACCUCUUUCUUAUACCUAUGAUGAAAAUACCAGGGACAUCAGCAUUCAUGUGAGAACCUACACUGAGGCAGAUGGCUUUUUGCACAAAUAUGGUUUUGAGUAUCAAGGAUCCGCAGAACGAGGUCUCAUUACCCCACUGACAGAAAGGACACUUUACAACCUGCUGUCUGUUUUCUCCAGAGGGACGGGAAUACUCCUCACAGGACCAGAGAGGACUGGAAAGCAAACCACUCUGAAGGAGAUAAGCUUACUUUUGGGGAAAGCGCUGUUCUUCAUUAGCUGCUCAAAAGCAGUGGAUCACAAAACCCUUAUUGAUGUCUGCCAUGGUUUGGCUGCAGCCGGUGAUUUGGUGUGUUUUCUUGACAUCGAUCGAAUGAAGCCCUUGGCCCUUUAUGAUGUGGCAUAUUGGAUGGGGCAAAUUCAAGAAGCGGUACAUGCUGGGAAGGCCUCUGUCCUCAUGGAGUCACAAGAUGUUCCACUUAAGCUGAAUGGAGGAUGUGUUGCAACUAUUACAAGCUAUCCUGUAAAGCAGAUAAGAAACGGACAGCUGCCAAGAUUUGCAUCUCCUGUAGCCACUAUUCCUGACUGCCUCUUACAGUGUUUUCGUGUUGUUAGCAGCACAGAUGUCAGUCACAGUUUCAUUGUGGAAACUCUACUUUUUGUGGCAGGGUUUUCUGGAGUUGGACUGCAGGCGAGAAAGUUAUUGGCACUAUUUGACUUUUUUCUGAAGACAUCUGCAACAUUUACUGCCUCUUCUGUGCAUCUUGGAAAUGGUAUUGAUACUGAUCCGUCAACAGACUUUCCUCCACAAUAA